AGUGUUAUACCAACGAAAGAUGGUACAACAACACAUUGACUAGCGUGGGAAUAAAUACAAAUUGAACACUACAUUUUCUGUUUUUAAUCUAAAAAUACCUUUUAAUUCUGUUUGUUUUCUUUGUUUUAAAAAUGAUGCGCUACUUUGUGUCGCUAGAUAAAAGUUUGUAAUCUGACAAAAUGGAAAAAGAACCAGGAGCGCUUUGUGUUGCGAUAAAUAAAAUCCCAACAGUUGAUACAAGAUGGCAUAGUCCUUCUUAUUAAAGUGGAGAGAGAGAACGAAAAUUGAACUUCAUUGCUUCAUUACGGAGUCUCUCUGAAUGCCCCUCUUUCGCUUUCUCUCUCUCUUUCUCUCUCUCUGAUCAAACCCUGCGAAGGAGAAAAGCUUUGAGCUCAAAGUUAAAAGAGAAGCGGCGGAGCUGCAGCUCAGCACCACGGACAGCGAACCAUGCCGUCAUUUUCUACCCGUUCUGGUCAAGCAGUGGGAAAAUCCUAAGAAUGUGUCGAAGAUAAAGAGGCUUUUUCUUGGACUUUUUUUUAACCUCUGUUCAAAGUAAGACGAACCCUGACUUUGUACAUUUUUAGUCGAUGUGCGUUAAAUGUCUCUAAAUUCCUUAAAUACCGUGUUCCGCCAUUAUCUAAAACAAAAAAGCAAAAACGGAGUAGCUUUAGCAAGGGUUUAUAAUUUACCCUGUGAAACUCCUAUUGCAGAAUCCAGAUGUAUAAACGUAAAUCCAAGCAAAUGCGCUGUGCGUAAAAGCGGUGACUCCGCUCCGUGCCAUUUGGCUUUGGUGCGCGGCGCACUGUUCGGCUCGCCUUGAUAUUUGGAAAUAAGAUUUUAAAAAAAAAUAAAUAAAUAUAGCGUUAAUGAGGCUGACGUGAAGCUUUUCAAACUACACCAACCUCUCAAGUCAGAUCUCACUGUCUCUUGUUUAAACUUAGUUAUAUUUGAGUGAAAACCUCUUUUUAUUUUAUCGACAUAAGAAAAGCAGAAAGUAGCACUUCACACUUGCAGCUGUUUUACUUCUUCUUUCUUGCUCUAAAAUAAGAACAGCACCGUCUAUUUUCGGAAUCGGGGGAAUCACAUCUGCAUGUGGAUUGUACACAAUGGACCCUUCGGACCCGUACUGGUAUCCACUCCCUCCGGAGCCCAACUCCUCCGGAGCCGCUGGCUCACCCUUCUUCUUUCCCUAUCCUCGUCUCCUGAACGUCUCCUCCAACAUGUCCACGCAGAGUGUCCCCUUCCAGGGCAGCAGCACCCCGGUGACCGCUAUUAUCUACCUCACUGUCUUCUUGGUGGGUCUGACCGGCAACACGCUGGCCAUUUACGUGGUGUUGCGCUACGCCAAGAUGAAGACCGUCACCAACAUCUACAUCCUGAACCUGGCCGUGGCCGAUGAGCUCUACAUCAUCGGACUGCCCUUCCUCACCACUCAGAACGUUCUCUCCUACUGGCCCUUCGGAUCGUUCCUCUGUCGUGUGGUGAUGACUGCGGACUCCAUGAACCAGUUCACGUCCAUCUUCUGCCUCACGGUCAUGUCCAUGGAUCGAUACCUGGCUGUGGUCCAUCCGAUCCGGAGCACCAAAUGGAGACACCCUCGCGUGGCCAAGGUGGUGAGCGCAGCGGUGUGGGCUGUGUCCUUCAUCGUGGUCCUGCCGGUGGUCAUCUUCUCUGAUGUGCAGGACAUGUUCAACUCCUGCAACAUGAACUGGCCGGAGCCGAAGGACGUGUGGUCGACGGCCUUCAUCAUCUACACUGCCACAGUGGGUUUCUUUGGGCCGCUGCUCAUCAUUUGCCUCUGCUACCUGCUCAUUGUUAUUAAGGUGAAGUCGUCCGGGGCCAGGGUGGGCUUCGUCAACCGGCGCCGUUCAGAGCGAAAGGUGACGCGCAUGGUGGUGGUCAUCGUGGUGGUGUUCGUGCUCUGCUGGCUGCCGUUCUACAUCAUCAACAUGGUCAACCUGGUGGUCAUCAUCCCCGAGUCCAGCAUCACGGCCGGGAUCUACUUCUUCGCCGUCGUCCUGUCCUACGCCAACUCCUGUGCAAACCCACUGCUCUACGGCUUCUUGUCGGAUAACUUCAAGCAAAGCUUCAGGAAGGUGCUCUGCGUUAAGGGUAUGAGGUGUGCCGCCAAUGGUGUCGAUGACGGCGACCCCAGCGCUCCGCGCACAGAGAAAACUACGGCGCAGGACUGCAUCCUGCUCUCCCCUCGUAACGAGGUCUACCACGACGCACAGAGCAGCCAGAUCUCACCCCACCCCACCGACUGUUUUGGCCCCCACGCCGCCGCCGACCUGAACCGCUCCACCCCUAAAUACCAGCUUUCCUCCACGUUCGCGGGAACAGCCGCUGCUACGGCCGGAAACUCCUUGAUCACUUCUGAGGCACCCGAACCUCCCACCACCACGGCCCUGACCACCGCCUCCUCCUCUGCCUCCGUGGCUCCGCAGGAACAGCAGUGAGUGGAUUCUGGGUCCCAGACUGGGUCUGCAGAAGAGAAACAAAGAGAGGCUGGACUUACCGUUUCAGAUAUCAAACCUAAAAAAAAAAAAAAAAAAUGUUUUUCCUUCAAACUGCAAGCUCAUUUGAAACAAAUUGCCGCACUUCUGCUUCUCAUUGUGUGACAAACUGUUGAAGAUUUUUGUUUACCGAGCCCAUCUCUUCAUUAAGCCUCCCGCUGACAUAAGUGCCUUUUCAUCAGCUCUCGAUAAUCAUCUCAGCUCCUAAAGGAAGGCAGAAACUUCCACACAAUCUUUUUUGUGCGUGUGCUUUGUGUCAAGGACUCUUUCAGCUUGUAACCAUGUCUACGCCUACUAGAGCCAAAUGCCUUUUACGUUCAGAAAGUAGAAUCCGUGCAACUUAUUUAGUGUAACUAACACCAAUGGUUUAAUUUGUACUUAGUGGGUUUUUUUAAUUUAAUGCUCAAACUAAUUUCUUAUCAUUUACUAUACAGUGAUGAUCAAACUUAACAUCCUUUCAUCAAGAGCAUUAAUAUCUCAUUCAGUUAUGAACUGAGCCUUUCUUUUUCUAUGAAGAAGUGAUUAUACAACAUGCAACUUCAUUAGCUCCACGAAUGACAACUUAUUGUGAUUUAUGGUUUUCCCUUCAUCUGCAUAUUCAAUCACUCUUUUUCAGCUGAUUAGUUUCUUGCCACAAAGCCGGACCUUUAUGCAAAGUCCGCGUCAUUUUAAAACACCCUACUUUGUCAAAGUUUCAACUAGUUGAGCCAAAUUCUCACCUUCUGCAGAGAGGAAACUGGUAAGGACAUGUAAGACUCGUGCCUGUCAUUGAGUGGAAACUGCUGCGACACCAGUGUCAUUGUCCACAGUUGUAGUGAGUUUGUGGCAACCGAGAAGUGUCUGCUUCAAAAUCAGGACCUUCAAAUUUCAAAAAAAAGAAGAACUUUUGGAAAAGUCUAGAACACAAAGUAGGUAAAAGAAUAGAAAAUGAUCGCAAACCCAGAUCAAAACAGGUAAACAUUCACCUCACUCCCAAAUCUUCUACCCUAUCCUGACGAUGGUCGAACCAGCUGAAAUGCUUGUUUCUUUCCAGGAGAAUUAUCCAACGAAAAUGAUCGCUCUCUCUCUCUUCUGAUUAAAACAUGAGCCAGAAUUAGACCAGAAGCUUGGUGAUGGUAGGUUGGCCAUUUUCUUCCUGCGCUAAGUAAAAUACUCACUUACAGAACAGUCUGUGCUUUCUACCAUUCACUUGGAUUCCCACUGAUGUUUCUACCGGGCCAAUCAGUGAACAGAAGAAACUGUGAAGGACGACGUCGUUUCUUUGCGCUGUAAAUUCAAACUUGUGUACCAAAUCUUUAAAAAAAAAGCACCAAUUGCAUGUUGUAUAACCUUUGCUUUCCUGUAAAAGAAUAGCUCAAAUUAUUCACAAAAAAACCCUAAUUAAUAUAAUGCUGACAUGGUGAUUUUGAUGGAUUAGCAUCUGUAUAUCUUAUGAAGUCUAAUACUGUAUAUUAUGUGUAUAUUUUUAAACCAGGCUUGUUGCUGUUUUCUACAGUGAAUGUAACCGGUUGGCAGCUCGGAAAAACCCUCAGCCAGCAUCAAACACGAAACCUCUGACCUCUUUGCGCUUUUACUGUGUGUGUGUGUGUGUGUGUGUGUGUGUGUGUGUGUGUGUGUGUGUGUGUGUGUGUGUGUGUGUGUGUGUGUGUGCGUGUGUGUGCUCAGCUUUAUUUGUGUCUCUUACAUGGAUUUGUUUUCAAAAAAAUGUUUUUUAAAAUCCACAUCUUCUGUGAGCAGAUUGCUUCCUGGGUUAUUGUGGGCUUUAGCUUAGACUCAUUCCGCGCUAAACACUAGAUGAGGUAUUUAGAUCUAAGCUGCCUUUACGAUCAUAUUUUCACUUGAGCUUUUAGAAAUUAUUAUUGUUGAGAUGUAACUGGGACACUGUGAAAAGGACAAUUUUACUGCCAUUAAUAUGCGUAUGUAUAACUUAGUGGUGUAAUCACAGUUCAAAUGAGUUUCAAGCUCAGUAGUUUUGCAUUUGAAGCCCAAGGAUUUUCAAACUAAAUUUCUGUGUGUUGUUUGUGUGUUUUGUCUCUUCUUGUAGUCACAUCCAACAAUCAUCCGUCGUGUAAAUAUGUUAAGUUAAUUUAGGACGUCGUAUAAAGAAAGCAGAGACUUUUACUGACAAAGCACUUUAGUGCAUAAUGUGAGAGUAGAACAUCUGAUGGGUUGUUGUGCCUUUAAGGUUUUGGAAAAGUCUUUGUUUUUUUCCACCAGUGCAAAGAAGCUGAUUGGUCGAACACGAUCAAGUGGAGCCAACAAUUCAGAGAAAAUGAACCAAGGUUGUUCAUCAUAAAGGCUUUUAUGCACAAAUUUCUUGAAUACUUGAUAGUCAUUGUUGUGAAGAUGUGCCGGUGCUUUGGAUGUCCUUGAAAUAAAAUGUUUUUAAAAAUCUGA